UUAGUCAGCUAAAUAACGAUGGAGGAUCGCUGUCACAUUUAUUGUGUUUUCGUCUUGAUAUUCAGUUAUAGUGUGAUAUGUGAUGAUUGUGUUACUUUUGAUUUUGAAAAAGAUUUUAAUAGCACGUUCAGUAAUGAAUUGGGAGUGUGCGUUACCAGACUGAUGUGGAAUGUUGGAUAUUAUGAAAAUUUAAAAAUCGACGGCCCUGAUCCGAGCUCAAUGACGUACAUUUAUCCAAACGAUAUAUUGAGUUGUGCUUCGUCGUUUACGUUUUCAAUGACGGCAAAUGGGAUUAUAGAAGUGAAUUUGUUUAUGGAACCUACUUCGCCCUCUGAUCAGGUCACGAUACUCGCAAAUCAGAUAGUAGUAGGUGGUAAUGACGCUGUGGUAGGGAAUGUAUUGAUCAUUGCUACGGACCAAGACUUUGUCAGCGGAUGGCGUACGGCUAGAAUGACUUUGUCGGGAUUCGGUACAUAUAACGGUUAUAUAUCAAUACUUGGAAUGGCGGUAAAGGAAUCAAUAGUAUUAGUUGAUUCAUUUCGAUACAUUCCACCAUUAACCGUUGAAGAAGAAUGUACAAUUUAUGAGAAAGUUUAUACAACAUCUACAACUAUAACCACUGAAGCAGAAACUAUUUCAACAUCAUAUACAACGACUGAACUGGAAUCAACAAGUGAUUAUACCACACCACAAACCGAAAUUACAACUCAGAAUCCUGAAACAACAAGUACAACUCCUGAUACGACUACAACAAUGUCACCGACAUCGGAAUCUGAAAUAACCACCGCCAAUGGAGCACAAACAACUGUCUUUCCAACGACAGAUAACGAUUCAACAAUUCAAACCGGGGGACCUAUAACAACAAGUGGGACUCCUGAUACGGCGACAACGAUAUCACCGACAUCAGAAUCUGAAAUAACAACCGACGAUGGAGCACAAACAACUGUCUUUCCAACGACAGAUAACGAUUCAACAAUUCAAACUGGUGGUCCUAUAACAACAAGCGGGACUCCUGAUACGACUGCAACUAUAUCACCGACAUCAGAAUCUGAAAUAACAACCAACGACGGAACACAAACAACAAUCUUCCCAACAACAGAUAACUAUUCAACAAUUCAAACUGGUGGUCCUAUAACAACAAGUGGGACUCCUGAUACGACUACAACGAUAUCACCAACUUCAGAAUCUGAAAUAACAACCAAUGAAGGAACACAAACAACAGUCUUUCCAACGACAGAUAACGAUUCAACAAUUCAAACUGGUGGUCCUAUAACAACAAGCGGGACUCCUGAUACGACUGCAACUAUAUCACCGACAUCAGAAUCUGAAAUAACAACCAACGACGGAACACAAACAACAAUCUUCCCAACAACAGAUAACGAUUCAACAAUUCAAACUGGUGGUCCUAUAACAACAAGUGGGACUCCUGAUACGACUACAACGAUAUCACCGACUUCAGAAUCUGAAAUAACAACCAAUGAAGGAACACAAACAACAGUCUUUCCAACGACAGAUAAUGAUUCAACAAUUCAAACUAGUGGUCCUAUAACAACAAGCGGGACUCCUGAUACGACUACAACGAUAUCACCGACAUCAGAAUCUGAAAUAACAACCAACGAAGGAACACAAACAACAGUCUUCCCAACAACAGAUAACGAUUCAACAAUUCAAACUGGGGGCCCUGAAACAACAAUUUUGAAUCCUGAUACGACAACAACGAUGUCAGUGACAUCGGAUUCUGAAAUAACUACCGACGAUGGAGCACAAACAACUGUCUUUCCAACAACAGAUAACGAUUCAACAAUUCAAACUAGUGGUCCUAUAACAACAAGCGGGACUCCUGAUACGACUACAACGAUAUCACCGACAUCAGAAUCUGAAAUAACAACCAACGAAGGAACACAAACAACAGUCUUCCCAACAACAGAUAACGAUUCAACAAUUCAAACUGGGGGCCCUGAAACAACAAUUUUGAAUCCUGAUACGACAACAACGAUGUCAGUGACAUCGGAUUCUGAAAUAACUACCGAUGAUGGAGCACAAACAACUGUUUUUCCAACGACAGAUAACGAUUCAACAAUUCAAACUGGUGGUCCUAUAACAACAAGUGGGACUCCUGAUACGACUACAACGAUAUCACCGACAUCAGAAUCUGAAAUAACAACCAACGAAGGAACACAAACAACAGUCUUCCCAACAACAGAUAACGAUUCAACAAUUCAAACUGGGGGCCCUGAAACAACAAUUUUGAAUCCUGAUACGACAACAACGAUGUCAGUGACAUCGGAUUCUGAAAUAACUACCGAUGAUGGAGCACAAACAACUGUUUUUCCAACGACAGAUAACGAUUCAACAAUUCAAACUGGUGGUCCUAUAACAACAAGUGGGACUCCUGAUACGACUGCAACUAUAUCACCGACAUCAGAAUCUGAAAUAACAACCAACGACGGAACACAAACAACAAUCUUCCCAACAACAGAUAACGAUUCAACAGUUCAAACUGGUGGUCCUAUAACAACAAGCGGGACUCCUGAUACGACUGCAACGAUAUCACCGACAUCAGAAUCUGAAAUAACAACCAACGACGGAACACAAACAACAAUCUUCCCAACAACAGAUAACGAUUCAACAAUUCAAACUGGGGGACCUGAAACUACCAUUUUGAAUCCUGAUACGACAACAACGAUGUCAGUGACAUCGGAUUCUGAAAUAACUACCGACAGUGGAACACAAACAACAGAUAAUAAUUCAACUGGACUAACUCAAUCUACAUUAAAUACUGAAACAACUAUUUCUGAAAUUACAUUACAGCCUGAUACACCAGAUCCAAGUCCAGAUACAACAGCAACGACAUCAGAUUCCAUGGAUGAAGCUACGAAUUCACCAGGAACCGGUGACACAACGACAACUAACUCUGAUGAUAUCACAGAAAAGCCAAUAUAUCUAGAAAAAGGAUUUUGGAACGCAUUCACCAUAUCCAUGGUUAUACUUCUAAUAUUAAUAAUUCUUAUUCUCACGGCUUUGAUAUCAUAUUAUAUUGGAAAAAGGAGAUCUCGGCGCGAUUCCCAAUUGAUACUAACUGACAUUGAAGAUCUUCCAAGUUCUAUACAUAUUCCGAGGGUGUCGAAAGUUUGGACAAACUCAACGACGCUAAGAAAAUUAGCUACUAUCAUUAAAAUGGAAUAAACUGCUAUUUAAACAGUUUUACUAACUAUAUCUAGAUACUCAAAUCAUAAUAAUAUCGUAGAGGACAAAUACUCAAUUAAUAUUAAUUAGGUUAUUUAUUUUAUUAUUAAAUGGAAAUUGAGUCUAAUUGAAAUAUAUUAUUUCAUAAUUUAAUUUAGUUGUUAAGGAUUUAAUUUAUUUAAUCAUAUGAAGUAAUGUUAUCAUUUGAAUAAGAAUAUAUUUAAGAUUGCAUGAUAAAUCAAAAAUCAUUGUUAUGCACU